UGAUCAUUUGUCCCGCUCCCCGCCUUGACCGCUGCGUCUGCCUAGUGCGCCGCCGGCAUCGUCAUGGCUCUCACCGACGCCCUACGCCUCCCUGCGCUGCAUGCGCGCGACAACCCGGCCUCGCUCCUGCCCGCGCGCGCUGCUCAAGGCACUGUAUUUUCAAACACGCUUUACCAUUUUGGGCUUCGCCCUGCGUCUGCCUCGCGCGUCGCUCGCGUCACCCCCGCCCUCUGCGUCUUCUCAACUGCCACCGCCUCCCGUCGCCGGCGCGCUGCUGCGCGUUCUCGCGCGCGGGCGCUUGCUGACUCAUCCGGUUAUUGCGGCCCGGCUUGCCGCUCGCGCCGUUCCGUCCGGCUCUCGGCGACUCGGCUUCACCAGCUCAAGCUGCCCACAGUAUAUUUCGCCUUUCGACACAGCACGUCCUCUAAUUCGGCUACGCCUUAAAGUCAUCGCCUAUUCCUCGCCUGUCCCGUACUUCGUCCUUAACUGCACUCGCCGUCGCCAUAUUUUGCUCGCCAUCGAACUGCCAUUUUCUCGGUUGCUCGUCUCGUUGCCUCGUCUCGCCUCGCCUUGCCUCGCUCGCUCGGUACUUCGGUGUUCUUGUGCAUAUGGCUUUGGUUUUUGUUUUUUUUGGACGGUGGUGCUUGAUUUUCGAGGGGUUGGGCGGGUGUAACGUGACUGUUACUAGUCACGUUCCUCGACUAUAUAAGGCAGGCUU